CAGACGCUCUCUUCUCUCUCUUCCCCGCCGGCACCACAUUCGAUUGAGCGAUUCGAAGUCACCGUUCAUCAGCCUUUGUCUUCAAUGGCGGGAAAGGCCAUUGAUAUAAUCACAGGUUACAGUAUAACGGAACGCCUGGUUCUCCUCAUAGACCUCAACCCACUUCUUCAUCUCGAGGAUCCCACCCCUUACAUCAAUUCGCUUCUCACAUCAACCAAAAUCCUUCUCACCUUCCCUCCUCUCUCGUCCUCUCUCUUUUGCUUUAAGCUGUUCUUUUCCUCACUUUCUCCUCUUCUUUCAUCCUCUAAACUCCACCGUUUUGUCCCCAAUCCCUCCCUCACUCUCUCAUUCAGUGACUCCACCUCCACCCUCCAAUCUCUCUCACAAACCCUCACUUCUCUGCCUCAUUUUUACAAUCCAUUGGAUCCCUUUCCUCCAAAGGCCUCACAUCUUGCAGCAUCGGUGCAACAGAUUGUACACGACUAUGCUUGGGACUCGGUAAUGUGUGAUCCUGUAACAGAUGGUGUCCUGAAUUACCCAGUUGUUCGGUCGAAUUUGGUUGUUUUGUUUUCGCCUAUUUGUAGAUCAUCGAAGUGUUUAUCUGAAUUUUUUGAUGUGGAGCCAGGUCACGAGUCGUUGAAAAAUGUGGGUUCAUUUUGUGAGAGAUUCUCUGGAUUCUUCAGAAGCGUGAGUGGUGCGUUUGGAUGUAGAGACAUGCAUUUUAGUUGGGUUGAUCUGAAGUGCGAAUCUGAAUGCUGUGAGCAUAAGAAUGAGACCGAUGAAAUUAAACAAGUUUAUAGUUUCUUUAAGAGUGGAAUUAGAGCUUUGGGUUGGGGGUUAUGUUCUGUCGAUUCAGUAAUACUUGGUUCCGCUCUUGUUCCUUUUGGUUUAAUUUAUCCUAAAAUUGGAGUUUCAUUGAAUUCUUUCGAUAUAAAUGAUUAUUCUAGGAAACUUCAUGUGCAAUUGAGUCUUCAGAUCUUAGAUGUAAGUAGGAAUCCCAUAGAAUAUAACUGUUGUGAUCUUGAGUUGAUCAAAUUAAGGUUCUUUGGUAAAUAUGACGAUGUUCGGUUUAAUCCAGAAUUGAUGAUUCCGCCAAAAGGAGGCUGUGAACAAAAGGGAAACUUUUGGAAGCUAUUUGGUAAUGGAAUCACAAAAUUUAACAUUAAGGCUGUACAGAGGAAUGAUGCUUUUGUGAAAGUAAGGGAUCGCAUAUCUGAUUCUGUUCUUGUACGAGAAGUAUUUGGUGAAUCUAAGAAAAAGAGGAAGGGAAUUUCAAAUGAAUUCUUCGCAGACAGGGUUCUUGAAAUUCUUGCAAUUGAAUUUGAUCUCAAGUGGCAGAGAAACUCUGUACCCAUUUGGCAAAUGCUCUUGAGUUUUCUUUAUAACGAAGGUUACUUGGCUUUGGUGUCCAUUUCCAAUGGCGAUGGUGAUUCACAUAUAGGCUUUCUUAGGCCUUUCACAGUAUCUUCUGCUCUCUUAUCUCUAUUAGAUGAUCCAGAUAUGGUUCUUGAUUUUGAUGGGGACAAUAUGGCUCAAUAUUUCAGGACACUGAGUUCCGAUGUUUGCCAGCCUGGUACCAACUUCAAAAAGCGCAAGAAACCUUUUGGUUCUCAAGACCAGAAGAUUGGUGCAGUGAUUGAGGGCCAUCAGAAGAAGAACACAAUGGAUAGGAAAAACCUUCAAAACCUCACAUGGAGCGCCUUCUGGAAAGCGGCAUAUGAUCAAUUUGACAUGGACUUGCAUGAGGUUUACCAUGCCAUGGAACGUAACAAAUCAAAAAAGUUGAAGUUUUUGAAAUGCUGGAUGAAACAGAUGAAGAAACCUGACUGUCAUGAUCUAAUUGUGCCUGAAUCAUCCCAGCCAAAUCAACUAAUUCCAGAAGACAUCAACAAUAGACUGACCGGAUCACUCCGAGAUGGUGCACUGCCAAUCUCCUCAUCUGCCUCAGCAGGUGAGAACACCGUGACUGAGGCUUCAGGAGUACAGGCUGGUGCUGUGCUUGAUACUGGGUCAGAAACAUCUGAAGCAUUUUUCAGUACACUUUCCAACAAGAUCCAUCAGGGACUUGAAUGCGAAGAAGUAGACCUGCAGGCUUUGGCUGAGCGACUUGUGAACUCAUCUAUCUACUGGCUAUCAAAGAAGUUUGACAGAGAAACCAUUUCUGAAAGUCAAAAUUCUUCAAAACGUAAUGAUUCUCAUGGUAGUAUGAUUGCAGCUGAACUUAGCAAACUUUUACUGAUUGAGCCAAAGGAGUUAGUCACAAGGCAUAAAAGCAGAAAUCCAUUCUCUCAAGCAUCUGAGCCAGGACCUACUUCACUCAUCACAGAACAAGUAGUUAGAGAAAAUGAACUACAGAUUUUGUUUCGGAUGGAAAUCUUACAAUCCGAUGUUGGAAGUGGAGUUCAAGAGUCUAACAAACAGAAGAUGGCGAAGCAAAUUUGCCUUCUUCUGGAGAAUAUUCAGUGUCAUAUGGAAGGGGGAUUUUUUGGCGCUUGGAACCUUGAUAAUUAUGUGGCAAAGAUCAUAAAAAGCAGGUAUUCUCAUUCCCUUGGAGAUUUGGUUCAUAAAAUCUAUGACAAAAUGGACCUAUUGCUGUUUGCCGAAGAGGAUGAAACCCCUAAUCAUUUGCUCAUCAGUGAAGACAGCAACAAAUCAUGGAAUGGAAAUGUCGACAGAGAUGAGAUGGGUGAAAAUAAUGUAAGUAGUAGUGGUCCUGUAUCAUCAGAAAAUGAACCCUUUCAGCUCCUCAAGAAUGCAGAAGGAAGCCUUGAAAGAAAUAAACAAUGGGAGGAUCACGAUCCAAAGUUAGUAGAAGCCAGGAAGAAGAGAGAAAGGGCAAGGAGAUUUUCAUCUUUCACAAGUUGCAUCCCUGAUUUGCAGAAACUUUGGGCCCCAAAGCAGAAGGCUGUGAAACUCAACUCAGAUUCUCUUAGAAAGCUGCCAACAAGGAAGAAGAGGGAGAGGGCAAGCUGUGACAAAGUAUGCGAGACCCCAUUGACAGGAAACAAACGUUCAUGUUCGUGGACAAGCAAGGUGGAUGAUGACCAUUACCGGGUUGAUGGCAGUCAAACAAGUACUUCAGUUUCCAAGGCUUUAUUUCAAGAUGACCAAUUCGUGUGAGUAAAUUAUGUUCAACUCUUACGGAACAACUGUAUAUGCCAACAUGUAGUGCAGGGUGACAUGGUUACUUCAGAGCUCAACCUCAAACGUUGGAUGUAAGUGUCUGAGAUGAGUACUAGAAUUAUAUCCCUACUAAAAGCUGUACUGCAUGUAUACCAACAUAUGAUUAUUUAACUCGCCACGUGAUGUCUUGCUACUGAAUAAAUGUCUCAUUUGUGUAGGCCGGUGUAUUUGGCCGUUAAAGAAAUGGAUAUAAUUGAAGAAAGAAUUGAGUCCCCUGCUA